UUAACAUCUGAAAGGACUCUGAAAUAGCAAUUCAUAUAGAAAAAAAAAUUAUGAAAGGCACAGUCCUAGCACUCUUUUGUGCUAUAGCACUAGUUAGUGCUGAACUUAACGAGAACGGGUGCCCUAUAAACCCUUAUGUAGACAUUCUCAAACCGCAUCCCAACUGCAACAAGUAUUACCAAUGCGUCCAAGGAGAACUCGUAGAGCGGCCGUGUGCCUCUGACCUUUUGUUCAAUGAGGAAACACAGGAGUGUGACUGGGCAAUCAACGUUGACUGCGGCAACAGGCCAAUAGCCCCAGAGGGUAGUGGAGAAGCCGGAAAUAACAGCAAUGCUAGUGGAGGCAGUAGUGAGUCUGGUAAAGACAGCAGCGCUAGUGGAGAUAGUAACGAGUCUGGAAACAAUAGCAACAGCGAUGGAGAAAGCAGUGAAUCUAGCGAGAGCAACUCCAGUAGCAACGAGAGUGGAAAUGAUAGCGGUAUCAAUAGCGGUGGUGGAAAUGGAAACCCAAGUGAAGCUCCCAAAAUCUGUGCUGCUGAAGGUUCCAACGGUGUACUCGUAGCACAUGAAAACUGUAAUCAGUUCUACAAAUGUUCUGAGGGAUCACCUGUUGCGUUGGACUGUCCAUUAAACCUUUUAUACAACUAUGAAAAGGAGCAAUGCGACUGGCCGGAGAACGUGAACUGCGAAGGCAGAAAUCAAGGCGGAAACGGUGAUAAUGGCAAUGACAAGAGUGUCGAAGAUAGUAGUAGCGAAGAAGCAGACGAAGAAGACGGAAACAAUGAUAACAAUAAUAACGGCGGUGGAAAUGGAAACCCUAGCGAAGCUCGCGAAAUCUGCACUGCCGAAGGUUCAGACGGCGUGCUGGUAGCUCACGAAAACUGCAAUCAGUUCUACAAAUGUUCUGAGGGAUCACCUGUUGCGUUGGACUGUCCAUUAAACCUUUUAUACAACUAUGAAACGGAGCAAUGCGACUGGCCGGAGAACGUGAACUGCGAAGGUAGAAACCAAGGUGGUAACGGCGACAAUGGCAAUGAAAAGAAUGUAGAGGAUAGCAGUAGCGAAGAAGCAGAUAAAGAAGAAGGAAACAAUGACAACAAUAACAACGGUGGUGGAAAUGGAAACCCUAGCGAAGCUCGCGAAAUCUGCGCUGCCGAAGGUUCAGACGGCGUGCUGGUAGCUCACGAAAACUGCAAUCAGUUCUACAAAUGUUCUGAAGGAUCACCUGUUGCGUUGGACUGUCCAUUAAACCUUUUGUACAACUAUGAAACGGAGCAAUGCGACUGGCCGGAGAACGUGAACUGCGAAGGUAGAAACCAAGGUGGUAACGGCGACAAUGGCAAUGAAAAGAGUGUAGAGGAUAGCAGCUGCGAAGAAGCAGAUAAAGAAGAAGGAAACAAUGACAACAAUAACAACGGUGGUGGAAAUGGAAACCCUAGCGAUGCCGCUGAAAUCUGUGCCAGGGACGGCUCAGAUAGUGUCCUAGUCGCUCAUGAGAACUGCAACCAGUACUAUGUAUGUAAAGACGGCUUGCCUGUGACUCUUGAUUGCAAUCCAAAUCUGGUCUUCAACCCUGAUACGGACCAAUGUGACUGGCCAGAACUAGUAGACUGCGGUAGUCGUCGUACUUUUACAUCAUUCAACAAACAUAUGCGCUUUUUUAGGUUGUAAAUAAAUUCUUAUCCAAGUAUGAGCCAAAAUAUUAAUUAUAUUAUAAAUUAUUUGUAUAUUCAAAAUUUAUCUGUUAAACUGUAAAUAUACAUUUAUAUUCAUACCAUAA